AUGCUGAACCUCGCUCAGUUGAGACGAGCCGUGGUGCGAUGCGCCAGUGCUCAGCGAAAAGCAUACGUCGUUGGAGUCGGUAUGACUAAGUUUGAGAAGCCAGGACGAAGAAUUGACUUUGACUAUCAUGAUAUGGGACGAGAAGCUGGAGAAGCGGCCCUUGCGGAUGCUGGUAUUCCCUUUGAAAAGGUCGAAGCUGCCUCAGUCGGAUACGUCUACGGUGAUUCAACUUGCGGCCAGCGCGCGGUUUACCAACUCGGCCUCACCGGUAUCCCAAUCUACAACGUCAACAACAACUGCUCAACCGGCUCGACUGCCCUUCUUCAGGCUGCCGACAUGGUCCGUGGAGGCCAGGCCGAAUGCACGAUGGCCAUGGGUUUCGAAAAGAUGCAGCCUGGAUCUCUCGGAACCGUCUUUGACGAUCGAUCCAAUCCUCUUGAAAAACACGCUGAAUGUAUGAUCAAUGUCGGUGGUUUCGCUCCUGCUCCGAUGGCGGCACAGUUCUUCGGCAACGCUGGAAAAGAGCACAUGGAAAAGUAUGGAACGAAGCAGUCUCACUUCACCAAGAUUGCCGCCAAAAACAAGCGCCACUCCGUCAACAACCCCUAUUCUCAGUUCCGAAUUGAAAUGACCGAGGAACAGGUCGAUGGGGACAAGAAAGUCUUUGAAAUGCUCACCCGUCAGCACUGCUGCCCAACUUCUGACGGUGGUGGGGCUGCCAUCAUCGCCUCCGAGGACUUUGUCAAAAAGCAUGGACUUGAACACAAAGCCGUCGAGAUCGUUGGCCAAGCUAUGGUUACCGACUUGCCUGGCUCCCUCGACGAGGAAAAGACCGAUUUGAUGACAAUUGCUGGUUACAAGUGCUCCAAGACCGCGGCUGAGAAAGUCUACGCUCAGGCCGGCAUCAACCCCAAGGACAUCAAAGUCGUCGAACUUCACGAUUGCUUCUCCGCCAACGAGCUCAUCACUUACGAAGCUCUCCAACUCUGCGACGAGGGAAAGGCUGGCGAGUUCAUCGACGCUGGCGACAAUACCUACGGCGGCCGAGUUGUUGUGAACCCAUCUGGUGGCUUGAUUUCCAAGGGCCAUCCUCUUGGUGCUACUGGACUUGCUCAAUGCGCUGAGCUCUGCUGGCAACUCCGAGGAGAAGCCGACAAGAGACAGGUUGAGAACUGCGAUUUGGCUCUUCAACAUAAUAUUGGUCUUGGAUCUGCCGUUGUCAUUACAGCCUACAAACUCGGAUUCCCUGAAGCACGAAAGGACUGGGUCGGCAAAAACGGUCUGCCAACUCAUGCUCUUCCUAAAGAAGGACAGUAUCUUGAGCCAAAGAAGAACGCAACUCUUUUGUUCGAUUCUCGCAUGCACUUGAGCGAGGGAGCAAGAUGCUUCGUCGACUGUGAGCGGGAGCUCAUUGGAAGUGCGUUUCGAUGCGAAAUCGAAUGGGGAGCUGGAACUGACGAUUACUACAGAUGCUUUGCGAAGGCGGAAGAAGAAUUCAACACUUGCUACUUUGACGAAGAAACUGGUUGCCCAGAAGGCUGUGGUCGAAUCUGCGAGCCAGACUUUUCUGCUGGAAUGGAGCUGUGCAACCAUCUUGUUGACGAAGGAAUCCUUGUUGGAGAUAUUCCGUUAGCCAUUUGCAUCAACAAGUUCAUGUUGGAAAUGCUCACUUGCGUGGAAAGUUGUCUUUGCGAUGUGCAAACUGAAUGCACUUGUAUGCGUGCGGAUAUUCCGUUUUUGCAGAUCCCUGGAGAUACUUCACCUGCCGCAAUCUGCGUCUAUCCAGAAGAACCAGAAGAGUAA